AUGCGCACUUCAUUUUCACUCGUUACUUUGUUAAUUUCUCUGGUCUCUGCUGUACCAGUUGCAGACCACGAGAAGAGACAGAAUGCUGAAUUCGAUUAUGUUAUUAUCGGUGGUGGUACCGCGGGCCUUACACUUGCGAAUCGGUUGUCUGAAGACAGCACCAUGAAGGUCGCUGUCAUUGAGGCCGGUGCUCUCUAUCAGAUCGCGAAUCCGCUUUUGUCGUCGACUCCAGCUGGAGAUGUUCUGUGGUCGGGCUCCAGCCCGUUAGAUCAGAACCUUCUCGUGGACUGGAACUUCAUUACCGCCCCUCAAGCCGGCGCGAAUGGUAGACGAAUCAAGUACGCGCGAGGAAAGUGCCUGGGUGGAAGCUCGGCUCGAAACUUCAUGAUCUACCAGCGGGGCGAUCGCGGCUCGUACCAACGCUGGGCAGACGAAGUCGGAGACGACUCGUACACUUUCGACAACCUGAUGCCGUAUUUCAAGAAGUCCGUCAAGUUUACACCACCCAACACCAAGCUUCGUGCAAGCAAUGGCUCGGCCGAAUACGUCGCGAGUGCCUUCGAUGCCAGCGGCGGGCCUCUGGAUGUCUCCUACGCGAACUACGCUGGACCUUUCUCAAGCUACAUGGAAGGAGGUAUGAACGGCAUUGGAAUCCAGACUAGGCCUGACUUCAACUCUGGAGAACUCAUGGGAGCUCAGUACUGUAGCUCGACGAUCACGCCCGGCACCCAGAAGCGCGCGUCGAGCCAAACAACCUUUCUCGAGGCUGCGAAGAGUCGUCCUAACCUCAAAGUGUACACACUGACUCGCGCCGAGAAGAUCAUCUUCAAUAGCGAGAAGCGUGCCACUGGUGUCCAGUUACCCCUUGGAAUCGUCCUUACCGCAAAGCGUGAAGUGAUCCUUUCGGCCGGUGCUUUCCAGUCUCCUCAGCUGCUUAUGGUCUCUGGAGUUGGGCCUGCUGCACAGCUCAAGAAGUUCAACAUUCCCGUCCUUGCUGACCGCCGCGGUGUUGGUCAGAAUAUGCAAGAUCACAUUUUCUUCGGUCCAACCUACCGCUACAAAGUCCAGACGCUCACGAAACUCGCCAAUGACCUUCUUUAUGUCGGCGCUCAAUUUGCAUUCGAUUAUGGCCUGCUCAAGAAGGGUCCCCUCACCAAUCCCGUCUGCGACUUCCUAGCCUGGGAAAAGGCUCCUCGCAGCCUUAUCUCUUCAGAAGCUGCCGCAGCGCUGGACCAGUUCCCUGCAUCCUGGCCCGAGAUCGAAUACCUCUCUGCACCCGGCUAUAUUGGUGACUUCUCCAAUCUCUUCGCAAGCCAGCCCAAGGACGGCUACCAAUACGCGUCCAUUCUCGGCGCUCUUGUUGCGCCCCUCUCCCGUGGUUCAGUGACCAUCACAAGCUCUAGCACAGCUCAGCUCCCUUCGAUCGACCCGGGCUGGUUGACUGACCCCACUGAUCAAGCCCUCGCAGUUGCAGCCUACAAGCGCAUGCGUCAAGCCUUUGCUACAGACGCCAUGAAGGCUGGUCUUGCGGAUACGAAAGAAUACUUCCCUGGACCCAAGAUUGAGACCGAUGAGCAAAUCCUCAACACCGUUCGCGAUACUUUGAUGACUGUGUGGCACGCUUCUUGCACGUGCAAGAUGGGAAAGACUGACGAUCCAGAUGCAGUCGUGGAUAGCAAGGCGAAGGUUAUUGGUGUGACCGGUUUGAGGGUUGUCGAUGCUAGUUCAUUCGCACUAUUGCCUCCCGGACAUCCACAGAGUACGAUAUACGCGUUGGCAGAGAAGAUUGCCGACGACAUCAAGCGCAGCCGGUAG